GACACUCCCACACACCUCCCUCCUGCCUCAUUCCCCAUUUGCAAACUGUUUGCAGACCCUGGGGGGCCAAUUGCAGCUGGUGCCACCGCUGGGGGGGGGGGAAGGGAGAGGAAAGGGGGGACCCCACCCCCUUCUGCCCCCCCCUUCCCAGCAGCCUUUGCAGCUGGCUGCAAGCAGAGGAGACAGGAGCAGCAUUUGCAGGCAAAAGGAGAAACCCAGGGGCUCUCUCCAUGUCGGCGCGCCUGGCCCUGGUGGACUGGCUGGACGAAGGCUUCUCCAGCAUCAUCGAGCUGGGGGCGGUGAGCGAGCCGCGCCGGGACCCCGCCCGCUACCGGCCGGGCCAAGAGGUGGCGGCCCGGUGCCCCCUCUUCAAGGGGCUGAACCGCGCCCGCAUCCUGGCCCUCAGCGGGGACAGGCAGGAGUUGAAGCGGAUCCAGGUCCGGGCCGGGGGCUGUCCCAGGAGCAGCUGGGGGGCCGGGAUGCUGCGGGGCCCCCCCCACCGCUGGGUGGCGACGUGGAGACGGGACAGACUGCCCCUCGAGAGAAGGAAACACAGCACAGGAGGCAACGCUGAUGACGUCACCACCUCCGUGCUCGACCCUGAAGGGACCCAGGUGUCCGAGGACGAGGCCCGGGCAACCCCCCAAAGCACCUCAUCCUCGGAAACCUGGCAUUCCUCCUCCCCCGACUGCCCCCACGUGGACAGCUCUGGCUGCGGGGUUCCCUGCUCCCCUGGCCCUGCAGACCCAGGCGUCCGGGCGGGGCUCACCGAGCCCUGCACCAGGCCUGAGUGCGAGAGGAUGCGACAGGAGCUGGAGGCGCUGAGGGACCGAUAUGCCAAGGUGGAGGCUCAGAACGCUGUGCUGGCCCAGAGACUCGGGGGCGAUGUGGAGCCGCCCAGGGAGGUGGACAGUGAGUCCGUGCGGCCGGAGCCUGGGCUCUAUGAGGACCCUGCGCUACCUUGGAAACAUGGGAUGCAGGAGCUGGUGCCGGGAGGGGGCGUGUUCCUCUACCCCGCCCAGCUGGCCCUGGCCCGCUCCAGCGCCCGCAGCCAGACGGCCCUGGCCCGGCUCCUGCUCGACGUCUUCUUCUCCCGCCAGGAGCAGGCGCGGAGCAACCUGUCCGGGGAGAACGGGCUGCACCGCCUCAGCCCCCCCAUCGUCAGCGCCAUCGUGGCCUAUGCUGUGGGUCAGUCCCAGUUCCAGCCCAGCAGUGCCGCCGUCGUCAAGAACUCGCUGCGCAACAAGCUGGGCUGCCUGAGAGCCCCGUCCCGCCAGCAGGGGGCCACCAGGGGGCGCCCUGCGGCCUGAGAGCCCCAUCCUGCCAGCAGGGGCCCACCAGGGGGCGCCCCGCGGCCUGAGAGCCCCGUCCCGCCAGCAGGGGGCCACCAGGGGGCGCCCUGCGGCCUGAGAGCCCCAUCCCGCCAGCAGGGGGCCACCAGGGGGCGCCCCGUGGCCUGAGAGCCCCGUCCCGCCAGCAGGGGGCCACCAGGGGGCGCCCCGUGGCCUGAGAGCCCCAUCCCGCCAGCAGGGGGCCACCAGGGGGCGCCCGGCGGCCUGAGAGCCCCGUCCUGCCAGCAGGGGGCUCCCCGUGGGCUGAGAGCCCCAUCCCGCCUGCAGGGGGCCACCAGGGGGCGCCCUGCGGCCUGAGAGCC